AAAAAACAUUAAAAUUAGAACUGAAUUACUUUUAGGGGCAGUUAUAGUGUAUAAAAGCAUACGUUAUAUGCGUAUGAGUUGUGUGUUUGUGCACUGACUGUGAAGGAGAGAGUGAUUGCCAUUACAUUCAUAUGUCAUUCAAUGCCUUGAAUUGCAAACACUUUUGACAACAAAAACACAAAUCAAUUGUUUUGCCAUUUCUUCGGUUCACUUGUCGUCUCAUUUGUGGCCAAAUAUUUGAUACAAACCGCUGUCUGACUGACGACACGGCAAAUGUUGGACAACUUCUUGGGCAAUGUCUUCGGCCGAAGCAAAAAGUCGACCAACGCUUCGGGCGCUGGCGGUGGGGGUCCGACACACACGACGGGCGCCGACAACGACUCGUUUGUGGUUUUGCCACCCAAUGGACCCAUCGAUGGCCACACCACUGAUGACCACUCAUUGUAUCCCCGAAUGGGAACACUACUCACUCAAGAGAUGAUUGUCAACAGCAACAGCCAAAGCGCGGGUCAGCCGUCGUCGUCGUCGUUGGCGCCGACCGUCGCUCAGAGGACGUGCGCCCAGACGUACAGUUCGCCCAUCGAUAACAUCCCUUUCACGACACUGAUGUCGGGCUCCGGCAACGACUGGCUCGUCGACAACAACCAACGGGCGCUCAACAAGUCGUUUGAGACCAUCGACCGAAUCCAACAAUACUUAUCGACUGCCAGUCAAUCAGAAUAUAGUUUUCAUUUGGAAAAUAAUAUUUUAAGCGAAUCUUUGCUUCAAUCCUAAGACAAUACGAGUGAUACGGAAAGUGAUGACCAGUCUUGCGAUGGGAACCACUUCUUUGAUCGACGGCGAAGAGAUGUCUAUAUUUUUGCCACAAUUUAAUUACAAAAUAUAUGUAAAUGUCUCCCAAUUUUCCCUUUGUUUUUCAAAUCCUUAAAUAAUUAGUAAUAUAUAUAUAUUUGUUAUUUUAAUUCCGAGUCUUUCGUUGAUUAAAAGCCUUAACGUAUUGAUUGACUCGCGUUUGUGUCUCAACUGAGAGAAAGUAUUCAUUUUGUGUUACAAUUCAUUGCCUGUUAUUUUCAUUUAAUUAUCUUUCAAUUAUACCAUUAAUUACUCAUUUAUUUGUAUGAAUUAUGUGUUUAAAUUGAUUUCAAGUCUUCUUUCAUAGAUAUUAUAUAAUAAUUAUUUAUAUAAAUAGAGUUUACAAUAAAUGCGG